CCGCAGCGACUUCCGGCAAUAAACCCGGACGCGCCGCCGCGGUCAGGUGGGCUCCGCGGUGGCUGGCGCUGCAGGUGGGAGCGGGGACCCUCGGCGCGCAGGACCUGCACUUGGAACCCCCAUCCGCGUUCCGUCCUCAGUGAGGAGUUUUGUGGGGAGCACAGAGCAGUGAGAAAGGCCGGAUGAGCGAUGCCGUUUCUGGGCCAGGACUGGCGAUCUCCUGGAUGGAGCUGGGUUAAAACGGAGGACGGCUGGAAGCGCUGUGAGCCCUGGCGGCAGGACCUGGACCGAGAGAGCGCCCAGCGCAGCAUCCCGCACAGCAUAAUCCUAAAUAGUGAAGAUGACGACAUAUUUACUAAUGAGGAGCAUGGAUAUGCAUCCAAGAAAAGGAAAAAGGACCAUUUUAGAAAUGACAGCAAUACUCAAUGUUUUUUUCGUGAAAAAUGGAUCUAUGUCCACAAAGAAAGCACAAGAGAACGGCACGGCUACUGCACGCUGGGGGAGGCCUUCACCCGCCUGGACUUCUCGAGCGCCGUGCAGGACGUGCGCAGGUUCAGCUACGUGGUCAGACUAUUGCAGCUAAUUGCAAAAUCCCAGUUAACCUCACUGAGUGGUGUGGCACAAAAGAAUUACUUCAACAUUUUGGAUAAAAUCGUUCACAAGGUGCUCGACGACCACCAGAACCCUCGGCUGAUCAAAGACCUGCUCCAAGACCUGAGCUCCACCCUCUGCAUCCUGAUCCGAGGCGUGGGCAAGUCCGUGCUGGUGGGGAACAUCAACAUCUGGGUCUGCCGCUUGGAGACGAUUCUCGCCUGGCAGCAGCAGCUGCAGAACCUGCAGAUGACGCAGGAGAACCACGGCCUCACGCUCAGUGACCUGCCCUUGCACAUGCUGAACAACAUCCUGUACCGGCUGUCCGACGGCUGGGACAUCGUGACGCUGGGCCAGGUGAGCCCCACGCUGCGCACGCUCAGCGAGGAUCGGCGGCUCUGGAAGAAGCUGUGUCAGUACCACUUCGCCGAGAAGCAGUUCUGCAGACACCUGAUCCUCUCGGAGAAGGGCCACGUGGAGUGGAAGCUGAUGUACUUUGCGCUGCAGAAGUGCUACCCGACGCGGGAGCAGUACGGGGACACGCUGCUCUUCUGCCGGCACUGCAGCACCCUCUUCUGGAAGGACUGCCGCCUCGCUUUGCUGUUCCAGGACUCGGGACACCCCUGCACGGCCACUGACCCCGACAGCUGCUUCACGCCCGUGUCCCCACAGCACUUCAUCGACCUCUUCAAGUUCUGAGGCCCUUCCCCACGACGUGUCAGCCCCCGAGCCCAGCAUCCGCUGGCCGCUUCCUGCUCCGGCGGGGACGCCGCGCUGUGUGUUCACCUUUGAAGGGUCAGGGAACCCAGUGAAGUCAUUUCCGCCUCCUUCUCUAAGAACUUAUUUUCUUCUGAGCAUUGGAAAAUUCGCAACUUUGCCUCCUAACAAAUACGGUUCCAAAGGGCCCUGGGUUUUGAGCGCCACACGCUGUGCUGAGCUGACACCAAUCAGUGACACGCUUGGUGGUCACUUGUCUCCAGGUUUUUUGGGGGGGGUGGGGGGGACCAGCAUUCCGUGUAAAUACCUUGUGCAGAAUAUUUAUUUUUCUUAAGAUGUAUUUUAACCACACUGGUUGUGACCAAAUGACCAAGGGGAAUAUUUGUGUGUCCGUCCUGGUGUUUGGCGAUUGAGUUGUGAAUUGUGCAAAGUGUCUGUGACCAGCAGAGGUGUGAGUGGCGUGGCCGCACACCGUGCUGCCCUCGGACAGACGCCGGCGCCCUGGAGGGACGGGAGACAUGACGAGCGGCAAUGGGGCAGCCUCACGUCUCUGUGUGGAAACUGCUUUACAGACAAUAAACCAUGUUUACUGACA